AAUCCUACUGCUUUAUUAUUUUUCACAUUCAUUCUACUCUCUCUUUCUCUCUCUUUUCAACUCAUUUUCUCUCUCCUCUGCUACUACAUACUCAUCAAUGGCGGACACCACAGAAGCCACUAUCACCAUACCCUCUACCGAGCCGGAAACUUCGUCGACAACUUCAACUUCACUGGAAAUCAGUCUGCCGGAGAUCAAAUCGCCGGAAAUCAAACCGCCGGAAAUCAAACGGUCUUGGGGAGACGAAGUAGAUGAUGAAGAAUUCACCAUCGAUCAACUCUCAAUCAAAGAACGUAAAGAUUUGGACGAACCUGAGGAUUCCAACAUUCAAGCGGUUACGACGGGCGAUACGCCGUAUACAUCGGCGAAGAAAUUCGAAGAUUUGAACUUGUCUGAGGAAUUACUCAAGGGAUUGUAUGUAGAGAUGCGUUUUGAGAGACCUAGUAAGAUUCAAGCUGUUACUUUGCCUAUGAUUUUGACACCUCCUUAUAAGAAUUUGAUUGCGCAAGCUCAUAAUGGAUCUGGAAAAACUACUUGCUUUAAUUUGGGGAUGUUGAGUCGUGUUGAUCCCAAACAACGAGUUCCUCAAGCUAUUUGUAUCUGCCCUACCAGAGAACUCGCUAUUCAGAACUUGGAGGUGCUGAUGAAGAUGGGGAAGUUUACUGGGAUAACUGCAGAGAGAGCAGUGGCAGAAAACCUGGACAAUCCAGCUCAUAUAUCCAUAUAUAAGCGGCCUCCUAUUACAUCUCAAGUGAUAAUUGGGACUCCUGGUACAAUUAAGAAGUGGGUUUCUACAAAGAAGUUGUCUUUGGUUCAUAUGAAGAUCCUUGUUUUUGAUGAAGCAGAUCACAUGUUAGCUGAGGAUGGAUUCAGGGAUGAUUCUCUUAAAAUCAUGAACGACAUCAAGAGAAGUGCUCCUAAAUGCCAGGUGUUACUAUUUUCUGCCACUUUUAGUGAGAGGGUGAAGAAUUUUAUUACAAGGACAAUUACUGAUUACAAUCAGCUUUUUGUCAAGAAGGAAGAGCUAUCGUUGGAUUCUGUGAAGCAGUAUAAGGUUCGCUGUCCUGAUGAGUUGGCAAAAGUUACAGUUGUCAAAGAAAAAGUUCUGGAGUUGGGUCAAAAGUUGGGCCAGUCAAUAAUAUUUGUACGCUCGAAAAAUAGUGCAAGUUAUCUCCAUAGGGCGCUUGUUGAUAUGGGUUAUGAAGUAACCACCAUUCAAGGCGCUCUUACGCAUGACGACAGAGACAAAAUAGUGAAAGAGUUCAAAGAUGGGUUAACGAAAGUGCUUAUAUCAACUGAUCUUCUUGCUAGGGGCUUCGACCAGUCACAGGUCAACUUGGUGGUUAACUAUGAUCUUCCAGUGAAACAUGAUGCUCGGACAGAGCCUGACUGUGAGGUAUAUUUGCAUAGAGUUGGGCGAGCUGGACGUUUUGGCCGUAAAGGGGCUGUGUUCAAUUUGAUCUGUGAUGAGAGAGAAAAUAUGGUUAUGGAGAAGAUUGAGAAUCAUUUUGGAACCAAAGUAGUUGAGGUGCCUUCGUUGAGCGAUGAAGACUUCGAGGCUGCUCUCAGAGAAGCUGGUCUUUUGUGAGGCUUGAGAGGGAGUGAUGAAGAGUGUAGGACACGAAAACUGAAUGAUGAUUUUAUUUAUUUAUUUUGUUUUAUUGUUCUCCCCUUUGUGUGGGUAUUAUCAAUGCCCCGUCUCAUCCCCGCGUCCCUGUCUCGCUGUUAUUGUAUUUUUUGAUGGUGUUUUUGUUUGAGGCAUUUUGUAGCUUUUUUUGGUUGAUUAUCGAUCUAUUGGUUAUUGGUGGUUUUGGCCGCAAACUGUAUCGAGGUGUUUUAGUUUCAAAGCAUGCAUAGAGAGGCUAGUCUACAACGAGUUAAAAACUUGGAUUGCUGCGAAGUACUGUUGGAAUGGUAGUUCUUUGUGGAAUACAUUUGAGAAUAGCGUAUCCAUAAAGAAGCAAAUUCGAAGGAACUUAAUGUGAUUGUCUGUUGGAGCUAUAGGCAUCAGGUCAAGAUUGUAAAUAUAAUACUGGUUAAGUCCAUAUGUAUUUAUUUCUCUUCAAUCUACCUGUAUUAUUACUAA